AUGGAUAUUUAUCUAAAUGUAACCUAUAUUACUGUUGAUGGGUAUGUGGAACUGCAUAAAUACAGGUUUCUUUAUUUUGUCAUCAUGUUUACUGCAUUUAUUCUUGCCAUCUGCAGUAAUUUUACUAUCAUUAUCAUUAUCUUCGUUCAUAAAAACCUCCAUGAGCCUAUGUACAUUUUUAUUGCUGCUUUGUUAUGGAACUCUGUUGUUUUCAGUGCAGUGGUCUACCCAAAGCUUUUACUGGACCUCUUAUCUGAUGAACAGCUCAUAUCUUAUCCAGCCUGUCUUUUUCAGUGGUUUGCAUAUUACACUUUAGGAAGUUCAGAGUUCAUACUGUUGUCAGUCAUGGCCUAUGACAGGUAUGUGUCUAUAUGUAAACCUCUGCAGUAUCCGCUGAUAAUGAGUAAAACCAAAGUCACCCUUUUCAUAGCUUUAGCUUGGCUUGUGCCUGCUAGUGAGAUUAUAGUGAUAACUGCAAUUAAUGCCAAUAGAAAACUCUGUCACUUUGUUUUUAACGGAAUAAUCUGUAACAGCCUCGUGUACAGACUCCACUGUGUUACAUCAAGAGCAUUAAAUAUAUACGGGUUAUUUGUUUUUGUGAAUCUUGACAUUUUGCCCGUGCUUUUUAUCCUUUUUUCAUACACAAAUAUAUUUAUAGUGUCACAUCGAAGCGGUCGAGAAGUCAGGAAAAAAGCAGUUCAGACGUGUUUACCCCACCUGCUGGUUUUAAUCAACUUUUCCUGCUUCAGUGCUUAUGAUGUUCUACUACUACGAAUGGAAACGGAGUUCUCAAAAACUGUACGUUUUAUAAUGACUAUACAACUGAUCUUGUAUCAUCCUCUGUUUAAUCCAGUUAUGUAUGGACUAAAAAUGACGGAAAUCUCCAAACAUCUCAAAAGGUUGUUCUGUCUGACCAGAAUGAUUUAA